CAGGGUUCAAUAUUGUCGCAGUAGACGUUCGAGCAAGGCGUCAAACGCAUUUGCCGCGUUUUUUCGAUUAGUUAUUUAUUUUCGGUGGUUUUGUCGAGAUUCGUUUUCGUUUUGGUUCUUGUGUGUAUUUUGUGUUGCGUUUCGUUUGGUCCGGUUCGAUUUUUGUCCUCUGCACACGAGCAUCGAUGAAAACCCCAAACCGAAAUGCCCGCUAGGUCACAUAGCCACCCCCCCGAAAGGGCUGCAAGAUUUGAAUCUCGGACGACACCGCCCCCGGACUGCAGUUGAGCCGUCUUUUGGCGUAAUCGAAAAUCACCAUUUUAUAUCUAUUGUUUGUGCCGUAGCACCACAUUGAACGUUUCAGUAUGAAAAAUCGACAUGGAUAUUAUCAAUAGUACUUGGAUACAAAACGAAGAAGUAAGUACGAUUAUUACAGAAGGACUGUUUGCGAAUUCCCACAUGAUCGACUUGGCUGCCGCAAAAUGCAGGUCUUUGUACCGGAUGACCGACUAUCUGAACUGGAAUGGAUGCAACGCCUCUUCGGAUACACUAAUAUGUUGGCCGCCAACACAACGGGGCAACAUUGCUUACCAGCCGUGUUUUGCCGAAUUGCAAGGAUUGAAGUACGAUGUAACAAAAAACGCCAGCCGGAUUUGCUACGAGAACCGGACUUGGGGUCUGACCGAUUUUAGCCAAUGCGAACAACCACUGACCGAGCUCAUCAUCCCCGUGGUCCCGACGGACGAUGAAGAGGGCACGGUGAACACUAUAAUUUACCUUUACAUAGCCGGCCAUUGUUUGUCGGUCAUAAUGACUUCGUUAGCCAUUAUCGUGUUCUACAAGUUCAAAGAAUUGAAAUGCCUGAGGAACAAAAUCCAUAUGAAUUUGAUGGCUUCGUAUCUGUUGUCCGCCAUCAUGUGGAUAAUAACUUACACGAUUCUAUUCGACGCAGGUGUAGAGGAAUGUCUUAUGGUGGCGUUACCUUUGUACUAUUUCACGGUGACGAAUUACUUUUGGGCUUUCAUCGAAGGCAUGUAUCUGUUCAUACUGGUCGUGGAUACUUUUUUCCCAGACCGGCUUCGACUUCGGACUUACAUGGCCAUCGGAUGGGGGAUACCACUCAUUAUCAUUCCUACUUGGUGUGUCACGAAGCUAAUGAUGCCGACCAAAACCGACUUGGAUUUCAUCAAUCAAAAAACAUACGAAGCGUGUCCGCUGAUGGCAGAUUCGACGGACGAUUUGAUAUUUCAAUUGCCCGUCGCCAUCGUUUUGCUGGCAAAUUCGUUGUUUCUGCUCAUAAUCAUGUGGGUGCUCAUCACGAAAUUGCGGUCGACCAACUGCGUGGAAACGCACAACUACAAAAAAGCCACUAAAGCGUUGCUGGUGCUAAUACCUUUGUUGGGCAUCACGUUUUGCUUGGACAUAAUCAAACUGAGCUCGACCGAUCUCAUAGUGUUUAUUUAUAAGUACAGCAAAGCCGUCAUAAUCAGCACUCAGGGAUCCACCGUGUCUCUGCUGUAUUGUUUCUUCAACCACGAGGUACAAAACACAUUAAAGUACCACGUGCUCAGGUGGAAGACCAAGCGCAGUUUUAUCACUUCGAGGAAAAACUACGGCCGUUCUUGGACGUCGAUAAAAAAGCCCACUAUCUGUGAUCAAAUUGAUCCAAAGGAGCUGAUGCCGUGGAUACCGUCCAAUAACGUUAGGUCAUCUUCGUGUGUCAGCAACGGAACGACGACUUCGGCAUUAUCCAACAACUUAGAACUGCCCCAAGACACGACCAUUGAAAUGCCGCCGGAUUCCGAUCAGCAACGGCAUAGUUUUUAAAAUAAUUGCGUUGUUGAAUUAUUAUUAUUAUAUGUAUAGAUAAUAUUAUUGUAAUUUGUAAAUAGCCAUAUAAAAAAUGUAAAACGUAUACCCAUCGAUUGUACUGUUAAUUGGAACUGUCGGAGAAAAUGUAAAUACUAAUUUCACUAAUACAUAUUAUUGUCAAACUACUGUCUACUAUUAAAUAUAAUAUUUUCAAUAAAAUAAAAAAACUAUUUACAAUAAUGAUUUAGUCGACGUGGCCAUGAUAGUGUAUGCGGCGUUAAAAAAAAACAAAC